AAAAAAAAAAAGAAGAGGAAGUCAGAACUCGAGGGCAGGGCACAAGGGUUCAUCUCGACCUCUCAAUGAAAAUCUCCUCCAGGGUUUGUUCUUGAUUCUCCGAUGCAAUUCUCCGGGUCCAUGAUGACAGUUUCCGGGUCGGGCGGGCGUCAAAGUUUUUAGCUUUCGAUGCUUCUGUUGACGGAAAAGUUCGAACCUUUCUCGCUCUCGUGAGCAUUUUUGUCCCUGAGAUUCAUUUGGGUUUGUUCUCGGAUGCUCUUUGGAUCAAUCUAGAGCUGCAGAUUGUGCAAGUGGAUUCAAAGUUUGAGUCUUUUUGUUUUGUUUUGUUGAGGUUUGGUUAAAGAAGGAAUCGAUGGUAUAGAGUAUUGUUAUUUGGGGAAAAAAAAAAGAAGUUUUUAACUUUGAAGAUGGAGAGUGAUGAUGGAUUGUACCCCGAUGAGCCUUUUGGUUCCGAGUUUGAGAUCACUGCUCAGUUUUCAAAGGAAGACUUUACGGUUGAGAAAGGUGAAGGGAGUGGUGUGGUUUUCGCCAGAGAAGCACCUCUUAUAGGUAAAUGCAGUGGUGAUGUUGAUGUUCUUGAGAAGGGAAGUCUAGGGAAAGAGAAGAAGCUUAGUAGACAGGACAGAAUCGAACUGGGACGGCUCUUCCAAAACGCUACUAGCUCGCAGGAUUGGGAACUCUCCGAGAGGAUGAUUGAUCUGGCUGAUCUGCAGACUUUGAAUGAUCUGUUGUGUAUUAGUCUUGAUUCUAUCUGGUUCUUGAGCACAGAGGGGGAGUUAAGAGGUAUCACCGGUUUGAUUGCAAAGAUCAUAUGCCAUGGUGCUCAUGACUACACUAGAGCUACACUCAGAACUUCGUUUCUUGCUUCUUGUGUCUCCUCUUGCCGUAACCGGACUGUUAGUCUUUCUGAUAGUGUAACUGUAAUGGCUCAAAGGUUACAUGAGCGUCUUCAAGAGUGUAACGGUGAUGAGGUUCUCAAAGCAGAAGCGAGUACCAAAGUUCAGAAGUUCACUGAAUGGGCCCUCAAGUGCAUAGGCUUCCACUCUCGUUGCCAGGGCGGUAGAGAUAAUAAAGCUAACCAAGACUCAGCUGCUGAGAUCCAACUCCAGCUCUCCGCUUUCAAGACGUUCUUGGAUCUUGCGGGAAACCAUUUGACAGGAAAGGAUUUCACUGAAGCCUUUGAUGCAGCUUGCUUCCCGCUUACGCUCUUCUCCACCUCUUUUAACCCUGGCUGGGCUUCUGGAAUCUCAGCUACUGUCAUACAUGGAUUGCUCGGGAUGCUGGUGGAAGGAGGAGCUGAUAAUGUGAACCAGUGCUUUCUUGAAGCUUCUCGGUUUGGUAGCACAGAGCUCGUGCGAAUCUUGUUGCAGAUUGCUCAAAGGAAUAGCUUAGACGUGGAUGUUGACUUAGCCUUGGGCUUUGCUUCCCAUUAUAGUAAGAUUGAAACGAUGGACUGCCUUGUGGAAGAAGGUCACGCCAUGGCUUUCUUGGGUCCCUUGAUGAGAGCAGCAGAGAGAGGCUGUAUGCAAGUUGUUGAAUGGUUUGUGAAAAGAGGCUGCCGCGAAAUGGAGCUGUGCUUGGCUCUCACAGCCGCCACUUCGAGUAGCCAGGUCGAGAUCGCUGCUUAUCUUCUCCCUCAUGUGCCGAGACCUGUCCUCACAGCUCUCAGCAUCGAGAUCCUCAAAGCAGCGGGAGAAAGAAGCGAUGGUUCUCUCUACGGAGUAGAGUUUCUUCUCAAGUCAGACUUCCUCGGUGAUCCGGUAGCUACUUACUCAGUUGCAGACACCAUUGCAAACGCAGAAGACGAGUCUGUUCCUUCAGAGCUGAAAACUUUUCUCCAAGAGCAUUGGUCAGAGGCUGCGUUAAGCCAAGGGGUGAGGGAAAGCAGAGAUAACUUCAUGAACUUCAUGAGGGUUUUGAAGAAUGGAGAGUCUGCUAUACGUUUGAAGGAUCUCCCAGGUCCGUUGAGAGUUGCGGUCGCUUACAUGCCGUUGUACAGAGAGUGUGUGAAAGCGGGAGGGAGGUUGCUCUCGCAGAGAUUAAGAGGACAGCUCAUGGAAGCCGUGAAGCAGCUUCAGGGAAUUGGUGUGGACACAGAGGAAGUAUGCAAAGGUGGUCAUCAUCAUCAGCUCAUGGCGGUAUUGGAGCAUCACCUUCCUCUUUUUUUGGUCAAAGCUUAUUCACACUGAGCAACAGUUGGAUCCAGCACCCGGAGUUAUCCGGGUUUAACCUUGCCCAUUUCUUUUAAAAUAAGAACUGAAUAAAAUAAUCAUAUUUGGGGAUCCAGGGUUUGGAUUAUUAUGAAAGGAGCUUUGUAUAAACUAACUUCCUAUGAGAAUGUCUUUGUCAAGUCUUCCUAAACCAUGGGAGAAGAUGCUAUCCAAAACGUUUUAUAAUAUUAUUUCAACUAAAAAGAAAUAAAGAUAGUCUUGC